AUGGCUGCCACUCUUGAUUAAAUAAAAAAAGAAAUAAUUGCCUAGUAGGAGGCUUAGAAUGGAGAAUUAGAAGAUUUAGAUAUUGAGGGAAUCGCAAUCGGUCAAUUUGAUAAUCAAUCAGCAAAUCUUAUUCAAUAACAUUAGAAUCUCAUUAGUUUGAGUCUUGUUGAAUGUUAACUCAAAAACUUAGAGGGAUUCCCUAAAUUGAAUAAUUUGGAAAAUCUAAUUUUGGAGUCAAAUCAAUUAGAUGGAACAGCUAUAUCUUACAUCAGCAAAAAUUUCAAGAAAUUAGCAUGUUUAAGUCUUGCAGAUAAUAAAAUUUAAAAAUUUGAAGAUGUGGAGCCAUUGAAAUAACUUAAGUAAUUACAACAGUUGGAUUUGGCUGACAAUCCAAUUACGCACCUUCCUGGAUACUUCAAUAAAAUUUUUGAGCUCAUUCCAUCUUUGUCAGUUUUGGAUAACAAGGAUAAGGACGGAUAAGAAAUUGAAAUCUCUAGUGGUGAAGAUGAAGGUGAUGAAUCUGAUUUGGGAGGUAAAGUAGGAGAUGAAGAUGACGAGGAUGAAUUUGAUGAAGAUGAGGAUGAUGAAGAUGAUGAAUCUGAUGUUAAACCAGUCAAGAAGACUAAGAAAUGAAGUUUAUUUGUUCUUUAUGUUCAUUUAUAAAAUAAGUUUUAUAA